AUGUCGUACGACUAUCUCUUCAAGUACAUAAUUAUCGGCGACACAGGUGUGGGAAAAUCGUGUUUGCUUCUGCAAUUCACCGACAAGAGGUUCCAGCCGGUGCAUGAUCUCACCAUCGGAGUUGAAUUUGGAGCUCGAAUGGUCACUAUCGACGGCCGGCCGAUUAAGCUUCAGAUUUGGGACACUGCUGGUCAGGAGUCCUUCAGAUCCAUCACUAGAUCAUAUUACCGAGGAGCAGCUGGUGCGCUUUUGGUUUAUGACAUCACCAGGAGGGAAACAUUCAAUCAUCUUGCGAGCUGGCUGGAAGAUGCUCGACAACACGCAAAUCCAAAUAUGACGAUCAUGCUCGUGGGAAAUAAAGGUGAUCUUGCUCAUCGUAGGGCCGUAAGUAAAGAGGAGGGGGAGCAGUUUGCUAAAGAAUAUGGGCUUCUGUUUUUGGAGGCUUCUGCAAGAACUGCUCAAAAUGUUGAAGAGGCUUUUACCAAGACUGCAACCAAGAUACUUCAGAAGAUUCAAGAAGGCGUAUUUGAUGUAUCCAACGAGUCGUCGGGGAUUAAGGUUGGCUAUGGACGGGCCCAAGGUCCUGCAGGAGGGAGAGAUGGUACAGUUGCUCAAGGAGGUGGAUGCUGCAAUUGA